AUGCCUGAAUCAGACCCAAAUACACCUCCAAAUCCACGACGACAAGAGCCUGAACUAUUAUCUGAAUAUCCUUCAUUAAUUUUUGAAAACCGGGUACUCACCUCACCUUCUAGUCCUACAGAGCAAGUACGCGACAGUUCCCCAUAUUACAAGCGUUCCCGACGUUUGAAAGAUGAAGAAACAACUGGAGAAGAAGACGAUAGCACCGUAAGACUUACAGAUUCAGAGUUGGAAGAAGUACCUCCUAGUGGUGAACUAAUACAAAGUUCCUGUCACUUGUUGAGUAGUGUCUUUACCCAGCUACAGACCAAUUUGGAUAAACUGAACGAGAGCCAUAAAAAAUCGUUAAAACAGGCACAGGAUCAAGUUCCAAAUCAUCAUGAAACAUUGGAAGCAUGGCAGGAAUCUCUGGACAGCGACGAUGAUAAUCCCUUACUACACUCAACCAUUGAGCAAUAUCCUGAUAUUGGACCUUCUAAGUAUCUGUCAAAAGGCACUCUAAAUGAUCCCAAUUAUAACAUAAAGAAAUCUCCUGAUUCACCUGAGGCUUACGAAUCUAGCAAUCCUAGGAACUUUGAAUCUUCAACGCAGCAGACAGUAGUACCAAAAGAUGUCAUCCCUUCUGUUGGAAAAGAUGCUGAUGUAUCUUCUUUUUCACAGUUUCCUAUGAACCGAGGACCUCCAACCGUUUCGUCCUCGUUAAGGGCUUCACCCUCUCCAAACGAAAGGUUUGGAAAAACGAACAGGGACAAGAUACCAACUGCGUAUCCGAAUAAAUCUGUUCACACUCAGCUUCCAAGGAAUGAGUUUUCAAGCGCAAGAGCUUCCUGGAAUCGUCUAAGUCCUCGUGAUCGGGUUCUUUGGCGCUGGGCUAAUGUUGAGAACUUGGAUAACUUUUUGCAGCAAGUAUAUUCUUUUUAUAUUGGAAAAGGAUUUUCUUGUAUCGUUGUUCAAAGACUGUUUCAAAUUUUAACCAUAUCAUUUGUCAUUGGAUUCACGACCUUUAUUACUAGCUGUAUUGACUGGUCUGCGGUAAUUCCCCAUGGAUCUUUGCCGAGCGCUACAAAGUCGCAUUGUAUCGCUCAGAUGUCUCCUUUAGAUACACUUUUCUUGUGGCUGUUUAUGAGUUUUUUGUUCGCUCUAUGGAUAUAUUACCUUACUGAUAUUCCAAGGUUAUGGCAUAUUCGAGAAUUUUUCAUUCAUGCGCUAAAGGUUUCAAGCACUGACAUGGCAACAGUAUCCUGGCAACGAGUGCUGUAUCGGUUAUACAAGCUAAGAAACGUGAAUGCAUUGACCGCUGAAGAUGGUCGAGUAGUUUCUCUUCAUAACAUGAAACGUUUAGAUGCACAUGCAAUUGCAAAUAGAAUUAUGAGAAAGGAAAACUAUUUCAUUGCUUUAAUUAACAACGACGUUAUUGAUCUUGAGUUACCACUAUUGAAUAAAAGGAUACUUACACACACAACUGAGUGGAAUAUCAAUUGGUGUAUUUUUAAUUUUGUCUUCGAUGAACAUGGUCAAAUCCAUGAGGCCUUUAGAAAUGUCAACUCUCGUAAGCGCCUUGCAGAGGAGCUUCGACGUCGCUUUAUCGUGGCUGGGUUUUUAAAUUGCUUAUGUUCUCCCAUUGUUGCCGUGUACUUGUUAGUUCAUAACUUCUUUCGAUACUUUGAUGAGUUCCAUAAGAAUCCUAGUUUACUAGGGAUAAGAAGAUACACACCUUUAGCUUUAUGGACGUUUCGUGAAUAUAACGAACUUCCUCACGUUUUCGAUGAGAGAAUCAGUAACAGUUAUGAAUACGCUUCGCAUUAUGUAUCUCAAUUUCCUAAUUUUAACGUUAUACGGUUUGUAAAGUAUGUUUCCUUCAUACUUGGAAGCUUUACAGCCGUGCUAGUGAUUAUGACUCUUUUUGACCCUGAAAUAAUGGUUACAUUUGAAUUGACUAAGGAUCGAACUGUCAUAUUCUACUUGGGUAUUUUUGGUUCCCUGAUUGCAGCUAUGCGCUCUUUGGUUCCAGACGAAACGCUUGUUUUUGACCCAGAAAAAGCUCUACGUAAAGUAGCUUUUUUUACUCACUAUAUGCCAGACUGGUGGCAGAGAAAUAUGGAUAGCAAGGCCGUUCAGCAAGAAUUUUGUUCCUUAUAUACCUAUAGAAUAGUUAAUGUUCUAUGGGAGAUCCUUGGGAUUCUCUUGACACCUGUAUUACUUUUCUUUACCUUCCCGACAUGCAGCCAAGAAAUAGUAGACUUUUUUAGAGAGUAUACUGUUUACGUUGAAGGUGUUGGAUAUGUUUGCAGCCAUGCUGUAUUUCGAGCUGACCCUCAACAUGACUCGGUAGCAGCGAUGGUUAACUCUCGAAAAAUAAAUGCUACGUUUCAGAAUAAACAAGAGAUGUCGAGAAUUAAUUUUUAUCAAAAUUUGAACCCUAAGGUUCCUAAACAAGCUUCUGAUGAUUUCCUGGAUUAG